AUAAGGCGUUCAGUCAUUCUCCACACGGCGUCUCGGCGACCAUGGUAACAUUGGCUUGUGUUUGGACUUCGCCUGAUCCAAGACAUUUAUACUCGCCGUAUUACAUUUUGUAACAAGCCACCGUCCAGUAUGAAUUUGGCUGAGAUAUGUGACAACGCAAAGAAGGGGCGAGAAUAUGCGCUGCUGGGGAAUUAUGACUCUUCAAUGGUGUACUACGAGGGAGUCAUUCAACAGAUACACAAGUACUGCCAGUCUCUCCGAGACCCUGCCCUCAAAGUCAAAUGGCAACAGGUGAAGCACGAGCUGUCAGAAGAGUAUGAGCAGGUGAAAGGAAUUGUGGGAACACUUGAGAGCUUCAAGUCAGAAAAGCCUGUGGAUUUCUCCGCUGCUCUCCCAGUCCCAGAUGAGCGGCCACAGGAUCCAGCCGUCUGGCCCCCUCCCAUCCCGGCAGAACACCGGAACCCUGCUGCAGCGAGGCGUCCCAGUAGCGGUGUGAAGCCACGAGCGGCAGCACCAUCGGGCCGUGGUCCGGUCAACCCCAAGUCAGAGCGGCAAGCCUCCAGGGAGAACCGGGGCCACAAGGCCAAGGACGACAAGUCAAAGAAAGGUGAAGGUAUAGGAGAAGGAGAGCUGAGAAAGUAUGAGGGUGCUGGACAGGACAGCGACCUGGUGGAAGCGCUAGAGAGGGAUAUUGUCUCUCGCAACCCCAACAUCCACUGGGAGGACAUUGCUGAUUUGGAGGAUGCUAAGAAGCUGCUCAGAGAAGCGGUGGUGUUGCCCAUGUGGAUGCCUGACUUCUUCAAGGGCAUCCGUCGACCCUGGAAGGGUGUGCUGAUGGUCGGCCCUCCAGGGACUGGCAAGACCAUGCUAGCCAAGGCUGUGGCCACCGAGUGCGGGACGACCUUCUUCAAUGUGUCCUCCUCCACCCUCACCUCCAAGUACCGGGGCGAGUCCGAGAAGCUGGUCCGUUUGCUGUUUGAGAUGGCUCGGUUCUACGCCCCGACCACCAUCUUCAUCGACGAGAUCGACUCCAUCUGCGGCCGGAGGGGGACAUCGGACGAGCACGAGGCCAGCCGUAGGGUCAAGUCCGAGCUCCUGGUGCAGAUGGACGGUGUGGGCGGGGCCUCGGAGAAUGACGACCCCUCCAAGAUGGUGAUGGUACUGGCGGCCACCAACUUCCCCUGGGACAUCGACGAAGCCCUGCGCCGGCGCCUGGAAAAGAGGAUCUACAUCGCCCUGCCUACAGCCGUGGGUCGUACAGAGUUGCUGAGGCUCAACCUGAGGGAGGUGGAUGUGGCCGCUGACGUUGACCUGGCUUUCAUCGCAGAGAGGAUCGAGGGCUUUUCUGGAGCUGACAUCACCAACGUCUGCAGGGACGCCUCCAUGAUGGCCAUGCGGCGGCGCAUCCAGGGCCUGAGUCCGGAGGAGAUCCGCGCCCUGUCCAAGGAGGAGCUGCUCAUGCCCGUCACCAUGGAGGACUUCACGCUCACGCUCACCAAGAUCUCCAAGUCGGUGUCCGCGUCCGACCUGGAGAAGUACGAGUCCUGGAUGGCCGAGUUCGGCUCCGUGUGAGGGAACUGCUCCGGAGAGAAGGGGACCUUUUUUUUUCGUUUAGACGAUGAAGACAAUGUUGUAAGACGGUUUGAGCUGAGCUCAUACAGGAAGUGGAUCGCUGUGGACUAUUGGGAGGUGGAGGAUGGGAUGGUGUGAGCCCGGCAUGCAUUAGAACACAGGUACUUUUCUUUUUUUUAUCUUUGGAGGACACUGUAACGUUUCAACCGGUGAUAUCUCCUUAUUGUAGCUAUGAUCGUAACCAAGCCUCCAAGAGAUGACGUGUCAAUCAUGUCGUUGACAGACUUGGGGGGGGGGGGGGGGGGGGGGGGGGGUCCGGGAUUGGCGGGACCUGGGUAAUGAUGGAUCUAUUCCCCUCUUCCUCACCCCUCAGACCUUUUUAUUUGAAUGUGACUUUUUUUCUCUUCUCGUUUUGUACAUUCCUUAGUAUUGGUUGUUAACGGGGAGAUAAUGAAUGCACAGCACUAAUGCACUCAGUGUUUUAAGUAUUUCAAACACAGAGCACCUUGAAUGUAGUUGAAUGUGUUGUUUGAGUUUUUACUGACUGAGCUGACCCCCCUGAGCAUGUGGUGUAGUCCUUGUAGGUAGGCCUUUAUGCAGGACAACUGCACACGUCUACUAAGUAAGACGCAAUGCUGUCACAUUCACAUAGAUUGGAUAACUAAAGGUAUAGAUACAAAUGGCUCACAGACUCAUAGAGGUACUUGACUAAUACUAUGACUAGGUAACUACUUCUGAGUCACGGAACAAGGUACUGUAACUCAUAGAGGUACUUGACUAAUACUUAAAUUAGGUUACUACCUCUGAGAAACAGAACAGGGUACCAUGACUCAUAGAGGUAUCAUUUUGUUUGAUUGCUACCUGAAUGAGUCAUGGCACAACGUACAUUGACUCAUAGUGGUAGUUGACUUAGAUUAGGUUAUAUGUCAUUAAUGUGUCAUUUGGCAACAAUUGAAUUGCCAUAUGACAAUAUUACUUUGUCUAUUAGACCAUCAUUAUCGCAAACAAGUAAAUGGGAGAAUGAGCUAUGGAUUCUGCGUCUUAUCCACUGUGACAGUACACUGCUAUCUGCUGCUAAAUGCUGUUGGUCCUCCUGAUGUCAUUGCAAAGAAAAUCAGAAAGCCAGGAGUCCGAUGUCCAAUUCUUGAGCUCUCUUCAGUCAAGGGGCUUCACAGGAGGUAAAGGUUGGUUACCAAGUUUCUGGAUUAAUUUCAAAGAAAAUUUAAACAAAGGCCUUAAAAAGUGUAAAUGUAAAGAACUAUGUUAAUUGGAUCAGUUGAAGUGAUAAUUUACACAGGGACCUCAUAUUUAUUUUUUAAUUUUAAUUUGUAAAAGAUAGCUCUGUUAUGUGUUGUGUAGUACGAUUACAAACGGGAAACUUGGAUAACGAUAUGAAGGAAAACUGUCUUAAGCACAUUGCAGUUUUUCUUUUUACUUUGUUAUUGUAUUUGAUUUCUGACAUUUUUUUGUUAAAUGUUUGAGCAGUUGACAGAGGUUAACAUUCAACAUUCUUUACGUCAAACCUUUUUAUUAAUAAAGUCAGUUAUGUUAAUUUUU